AUGGCUGAGAAAGGGAAGACCUUCUUGGACAAAUUGUCCAAGUACACCAUCGGUGUUAAUCGAGGGCCGUUGCUUCCUGACUUCGGCGGGAAAGAGGGUGUCGAAGAGAUUCCCCCCGAGAGGCCAUUGACCAGGAAAGAGAAGAUCAAGCGCCAUUUCCGGCGGUACUGGUGCUGCCAUGUCCUGGUGCUCAUCAUUGGCUUGGCCAUUUUCCUGCCUUUGUUCAUCAUCUACGGCAUUCCCGCCAUCUCGCAGGACUUGCUAAACAAAGGCACCAUCACGGUCGAAUCCGCGCAGAUCCUGCAGCCGCGCAAGGACAACGUCAUCCUAACAAUGAUCUCCUCCAUCUACAUCCCCGGCGGCUUCACCGUCAAGACGGACCCGACCACGCUGGACAUGUACAUCCCGGAUGGCGGGCCCAUCUCGCCCUUUGCCCAACUUUUCCUGGCCAAGAAUACGGUCCAUGGCAAUACCAGUAUGGGCGUGUACAACCAGCCUACGCCGCUGCUCAACCUGAGCGCGUGGCAGGACUUUGUCAACAACACCGUCUUCCUGCACGACGGGCCGUUGGGGCUGUACGGCCAUGUCAACAGCCAUCUCGGCAAACUCAGUGCGAACUUGACGCUGCAAAAGACGGUGCACUCGAAUGCUCUGAACCAGUUCAAAGGUUUCAGCAUCGACUCGGCCGCGCUGAUUCUGCCGCCUGAACCAGACGGCACCAACCUGCUCGCCAACGCGACGCUACCGAACCAGUCGAUUCUGACACUGGAAAUCGGCAACACCACCAUGAACGUUCUCAGCGGCGACCUGGUCAUCGGCACAGCCGUGAUCGAGAACCUCUGGAUCCGGCCGGGCAACAACUCGGUCACGAUCCGCGGGCAGGCCGACCUGGCGACGAUCCUGCACAACCUGCCACAGAUCCUCAAGUCGCAGGCGGCCGCCAUCCGCAACGGCUACCUGGAGCUGACGACGCGCGUGACAAACAUCACGUACGAGGGCGAGCUGGUGCCGUACUACACCAACUCGAUGGCCAGCCUCCCGCUGACGGCGCAGAUCCCGAUUCUGGGGCUGAUCGUCAACACGCUGAAGACGUUCCUGUCCAGCCCUGCGGCAAAGAAUGGACAGGGCCUGCUGGGCGCGCUCAAUGCGACGGGUGUGCUGAAUGGGUCCGGUGGAAGUGGUGGUGGUCUGGCCGGACUGCUCAACGAUACCACCGCGUUGGAGACGGUUGCGCGCCGGCAUUUGGAGCAUCUCAUGACGAUCUAA